CGAUUCGUACCCACCCACCGUGUCCCUAUUGGCUGAAUGAGAGGGAGAAGUGACAGGGAAUGCGCAGAGCGGCAUGGGCUCCCCUCGGCUGGUUCUGCUCUUCAGCGGGAAGAGAAAAUCCGGGAAAGAUCAUGUGACCAACUCCCUGCAGCUCCGGUUGGGCAGUGACAUCUGUGCCAUUUUGCGCCUCUCUGCGCCCCUGAAGGAACAGUUUGCGCUGGAGCGGGGUCUGGACUAUGAGCGCUUACUGGGGGCCACUGAGUAUAAGGAGGGGUUCCGCGCCGACAUGAUCCGCUGGGGAGAGGAGAAACGCCGAGCCGACCCGGGAUUCUUCUGCCGCAUCAUUGUGCGUGGGGUCUGCCAGCCUGUGUGGAUUAUCAGUGACGCUCGGCGCAGGUCGGAUGUGGAUUGGUUCCGCUCAGAAUAUGGCGCCGUUCUGCAGACGGUCCGGGUUGUGGCGUCGGAGGAGACCAGAAGAGGCAGAGGAUGGGUCUAUACACCAGAGGUGGACGGCGCCGAGUCGGAGUGCGGUUUGGACCGGGGAGUGGACUUUGAUUGGAUCAUCACCAACGACGGAGACAGCGUUUCUCUAGAGCAGCAACUUAGCAACCUGACGGGCUUUAUUCAUAGCAAGUUGGGGGCAUGAAGUGACCGGGGCAGGGGGGGUUCUGUUGGGCCCACCAGAACCUUUAUUCAUAGCAAGUUGGGGGCAUGAAGUGACCGGGGCAGGGGGGGUUCUGUUGGGCCCACCAGAACCUUUAUUCAUAGCAAGUUGGGGGCAUGAAGUGACCGGGGCAGGGGGGGGUUCUGUUGGGCCCACCAGAACCUUUAUUCAUAGCAAGUUGGGGGCAUGAAGUGACCGGGGCAGGGGGGGUUCUGUUGGGCCCACCAGAACCUUUAUUCAUAGCAAGUUGGGGGCAUGAAGUGACCGGGGCAGGGGGGGUUCUGUUGGGCCCACCAGAACCUUUAUUCAUAGCAAGUUGGAGGCAUGAAGUGACUGGGGCAGGGGGGUUCUGUUGGGCCCACCAGAACCUUUAUUCAUAGCAAGUUGGGGGCAUGAAGUGACUGGGGCAGGGGGGGUUCUGUUGGGCCCACCAGAACCUUUAUUCAUAGCAAGUUGGGGGCAUGAAGUGACCGGGGCAGGGGGGGUUCUGUUGGGCCCACCAGAACCUUUAUUCAUAGCAAGUUGGGGGCAUGAAGUGACCGGGGCAGGGGGGGUUCUGUUGGGCCCACCAGAACCUUUAUUCAUAGCAAGUUGGGGGCAUGAAGUGACCGGGGCAGGGGGGGUUCUGUUGGGCCCACCAGAACCUUUAUUCAUAGCAAGUUGGGGGCAUGAAGUGACCGGGGCAGGGGGGGUUCUGUUGGGCCCACCAGAACCAAGAUUGCUAGAAUUCUUCUCAAGCAGCUGGCACUUUGCCCCAUCCUCCCUGCCCCGGGGCAUUGGGCACCGGCAUGAAACACCCUAUGUAGGAAUGCCAGGGCUGUGCUGGGUAGUUUGGUGCCCAAUGUGCCCAGGUAGGUGCCAUAUGGGGGGACAAUGUGUAUCAGGUGCUAUGAGCCCCCCUAACAGUAAGGUGACCCCAGAAAAUGACAUAUUCCAAAAAAAACCCAUGCAUUUAUCUCACUGUCCAAUGGACCUUGUGCUGCUCCUUAUAUCGACCAAUCAGAAGGGAUGGUUCCAGGGGGCGGGGUUACCAGACUGUCAAUCUCUGGAAUAACUGUGAUGAUGAUGAUGAUACCUAAGGAAUUGUUCUGGGCUGGAAAGUCCAUUUAAUUACAACAGGCAAUAAAUGGUUCCUGGCGGGUCCCACGUGACGGGAAAACCCAGCACCGCAGUCGGUUUGGACCUGGUUCUGAUUC